AUGGCACUUUUCUUUCUCCAUGGAGCAAGCGAAGUGAUGGACAAAUACGCCGAGUUUCUCUACGAUAUUCGACAGUUGCAACCAGGGUACGAUAUCUACUUCAUGGAACACAGAGGUAUGGGCAGCUCGGGAAGAUUGAUAUCAGAAUCAAAAUAUCUCUACGUGGAUGACUUUGAUAAUUACGUACGAGAUGCCAAGACCUUCUAUGACACUGUUAUAUCGGCCAACAAUGCUUAUUUCAAGGUGUUCAUAUGGGCUCAUUCCCUUGGAGCUGCCGUUGCAACAUCUUAUGCACAGAAGUACCGCAAUGAUAUCCAGGGACUCGUAAUCUCAUCACCGAUGAUGGAAAUCCUCACCAAGUUUCCGUUGAGUCUAGACGAAGACGUAGCCUAUACUACGACGUGCGCCAGCACCCUGAUUGGGCAGGGUGAACAAUUGGCUCUUGGUCAAGAGCUACCAGAUACUCUAGUGGAUCCAACAUCUAAAGAGUCAUGGGAAAGAGAGACAGUCACGACAAGCUGGAAGCGAUGGACCGUAUUUCAGGAGCUGCUCGUCAACAAUCAGGCGACCUGGAGCUGGCGGUGGUGGUGGUGCCAUUUUGUGGGUUUCUACCAAUGGCUUUGCCAAAGAAGCUUAUUCUGCAACCUUUUCCAUUCGCAAAAGAAAGAAUGCAAGACGAAUCACUGCACCGAUCUUAAUGUUCCAAGCGGGUAA